CAUAGUACGCAAGGGCGACGAUUGCGUCUUCUCUGCACUUGGUCUUAGGUCAACUUUUCCCUCUGCACAAAUCGGGUAUCAAUGUAAAACUUAUGUAAAACUAAUAUCAUAAUAUAUAAUAGUAAUAAUAAUCCGGCGUCAGAUGAUGAGGGUACUACGUACGAUAAUUCAUUCAGUCAUAACACGUCUUUUUUGAUUCAGUCCUUUCUUUUUUUUGAAACACCACUAUGGAGCAUUAGCUAGUUAGCAAAAUAACUCGAUGCUUUUGAGCUCACCAUUGCCAAAGUAUGUACUUAGCACCGUGCUUGAACUUUAUGUCAUCAUGCUGUGUACGUUUUGCUGUAAGGACUAGUAGACGAAGUAAUCGCGUGAGAUGCUGGAGAGAACAGAUCUUAGGAUAUGUGUAUGUGGAACAUGGACAAACUCGUGGGAAUCAAACCUCUGCAUUCACAUGGAACGGUCGCAGUCACAAAAAUAAAGAUGUUCUGUUAAGUGGGGGUCUGCAGAGGCGACAGACUUCGUCUGAAAGCGGGAAUGCAAGGGUCAGAUUUGCUCCAAGUCCAACAGGUUUUCUGCACCUGGGUGGACUGCGCACUGCCCUUUAUAAUUUCAUUUUUGCCAAGAAACAUGGCGGUACGUUCAUUUUAAGGAUGGAAGACACUGAUCAGAGCCGGCUGGUUCGAGGUGCUGCAGACGGGAUAGAGGAUAUGCUGGAAUGGGCGGGGAUACCCCCAGAUGAAAGCCCUCGAAAAGGAGGUAACUUUGGUCCUUAUCAACAGUCACAGAGACUGGAUGUGUACAGCCAAGCAGCUCAGGAACUAGUGGACAAAGGGGAUGCCUAUCACUGUUUCUGCUCUCCACAGAGGCUUGAGUUAUUGAAAAAAGAAGCCCUUCGAAGCAGGCAGACCCCUCGGUAUGAUAACAGGUGCCGGCACUUGCGACCAGACCAGGUGGCAGAAAAGCUGAGUCAGGGGCUGCCCCAUGUGGUCCGCUUCCGCCUGCAGGAGGGUGUGGAGCCCUUCAAUGACAUGGUGUUUGGCUGGAAUAGGCACGAGGUGGCCACUGUGGAAGGGGACCCCGUCAUCAUGAAAGCCGAUGGCUUCCCCACGUACCACCUGGCCAACGUGGUGGACGACCAUCACAUGCGGAUCAGCCACGUGCUGAGGGGCACGGAGUGGCUCAUCUCUACCUCUAAACACCUGCUGAUGUACAAGGCCUUCGGUUGGACGCCACCCACCUUUGGACACCUGCCCCUUCUGCUGAACAAGGAUGGUAGCAAGCUCUCCAAACGCCAGGGCGACAUCUUCAUUGAACACUUUGCCAAAGCAGGGACUUUGCCUGAGGCACUGCUUGAUAUUAUAACAAACUGUGGGUCAGGAUUUACAACAGACAAUCGUUCAGGGAGGAAGCUUGAUGAAAUGAUUUCUGAAUUUGAUGCAUCAAGAAUAACAACCCACUCUGCUCUUUUGGAUCUAGACAAGCUGUCUGAGUUUAAUAGGAUUCAUUUGAUGCAGAGAAUUAAUGAUGAGCAGAAGUGUGAUUUCCUGGUGAAGGACUUGCAGGGCCUCAUUGAGCAGACUUACGGACCACAGGUCCAAGAGAGCGAAGUCCUGCACAGCGAGUACAUUAAGCGCGUCCUUCACCUUCGAAAGGGGCACAUAACUCGUCUCCAAGACUUGGUGACUCCUGCCUACUCCUACCUGUGGAUGAGACCCUCUAUUCCUUUUGGGAAGCUUGAAGCAGUCUCCUCUGAAGCACAUACCAUUCUCACCCUUGUGUUGGAGUUGAUUGAGAAGGAAGAUAAAGAGUUUACUCUUGAGUGCCUGAGUUUGGAGUUGAAAAGACUGGCAAAAAAAAUGAAAGUAACAAAAUACAGUGAAAUGAUGAAGUUUCUGCGCUUAGCUCUCAGUGGCCAGCAGCAAGGACCAAGUGUUGCCGAAAUGAUGGUUUCGUUGGGAUCCAAAGAAAUUUGCAAUCGUUUGCAGAGACUGCUGUAAGACUGACUGAAAACUUGAAGAAUUUCAUUUACAUUGUAAUAUUGCAUACCGAUUACAUUGCAUACUCAUCAAUCAACACCUCGUCAAAAAUUAUGGUUACCUAUCUUAAAUCAUACCCAUUACUACCCUUAGUGAACUUUCAAUGAUUAAACCUAGACUACAUACAGUAAUGUACAUGAAUAUUAUUUGUAUGAUAUGCAGAAAAUGAAAAGUGAGAUGUACAACUAUGACUCUUUAACCCAAUUAAACAAUGCUACUGUACAACAA